UGUUGAUCGUGGUUGCUGUUAAGAAGACAGAGAUGGAGCCUGUGAUCUUCUGGUUUCUCCAAGCGAUCAUCUGUACAACCAAUGUGAUACACGUCUACACCUACUCGAACGUGGCUCUUCACAAGCCAGCCAGUCAGGACUCCUACCGGGAGAUCCACCCACCAUCUCUUGCAGUGGAUGGAGACAAUAGUACAUUUCUUCACUCAGACACAGUGGUGGCAGUCCCCUAUCAUUGGUGGGAAGUGGAUCUCCUUAACUCCUACACCAUACCCAGUGUCACCAUCACCAGCAGAGAUUGUUGUUCUGGCCGAUUCCGAAACUUUACAAUUGAAUUCACUUCUGAAGUCCUGCCCUCAGCACAAGUCACGCGAAUUUGUCACUACUACCCGGGGAGUUUCACCCAAUUCGCCACCCAUACCAUAGCAUGUGAUGAGACAUUUACAGCACGAAAGGUCAAGGUCACUAUGGAUUCAUCUAACGAGCGACCUCUUGAUAUAAGCGAGGUCAAGGUCAAAGGUCUUCACGUGUGUGGAAAUCACUGGCUGCAAUUUACAUUGACUGCUGACACAAAACGCUCGGAAGCCCCACUACACCAGGUCCAGGUGGAAUCCACACUGGCAUGUGCCCAACGCUGCCGGGAAGAUAUAGAUUGUGACGCCUUUCAGACACUGGCGUCAUCUAGUAGUGUGACCUGUCAACUGUUUGUUGGUAGAUCUGGUGAUACUGUCAGUGAUGCUAAUUGGAAGUAUUACAGUUUUUCAGGAUAAAAACACUUAGUGAACCCUCUUGAAUGAUGUUAUACGUGUUGGUACAUAAUAUCAUUGACUGGUCUACU